GUAAGCCUGGAAAUGUGCACGCUGGCGUGGAGCCGCCCGACGACUAAAUCCGCCGAGCCGCAGCUGAGAAAUGUGACGCUCAACGUGGAACCCGGAUCACUCAUGGGAAUCGUUGGCUUCGUCGGCAGCGGCAAGUCCUCGCUGCUGUCGGCCAUCCUCGGGGACAUGCAGUGCCUCGAAGGAAGUGUUGUACGCACGGGCCGCAUAGCGUACGUGCCUCAGUUGCCGAACGUGCACAACAUGACCAUACGGGACAACAUUCUUUACGGCCGGCCCAUGCAUCCGGGCAACUACGAACGCGUGCUUCGCCGCUGCCAGCUCAUGAACGACCUCAACAAGAUUCCAGCGGGGGACGCGGCUGAAGUGGGAGAGAAGGGUACGAAUCUCAGUGGUGGCCAGAAUCAGCGAAUAUCAUUGGCUCGAGCGGCGUACAGCAACAGUGAUGUGUACCUCCUUGACGAUCCGCUCAGCGCACUCGACCCGGCGGUGGCCAACAACAUCUUCCGCGAAGUCCUGGGACCGUCCGGUCUUCUCCGGAACAAGACUCGCAUUAUGGUUUGCAACCAAGGACCGUACCUGCGUCACAUGGAUAAGAUUGUAUUCGUACACGACAAGAGAGCAACGGUGUACACAUCUAUCAACGAUCUGCUGAAAGACCCAGCGUCGCCACAGAAUUUCCAAGCGGCUUUAAAGCAAGAUCAUCUGGGGUUCACUACUGCAGACAGCACUGCCCUUGAGCAGGAUGAAGAGAACGACUCUGUGGGAAGAAUAACGGAAGAAGAACUGGCUCAAUCAAACAAGACCGGCCUGCAGCUUCUCCUGGCUCUCGUCCGUUUCUCGCAAUGGCCCGCGAUGGCAGGCGUGGCCGUGCUAACCGCGGCAGCCGUGGCAAAUGGGAUGCAGCAGCUCUGGAUCAAGUCGUGGACGGACGCCUCCACCGCUGAUCCUGACGGCGCGGCAGCGGCACGGCGGUACUGGGUCGGAGGACUCGUCGGCAUCUGCAUUGCCAACGUGCUGUGCCGCCUGCUGGGCGGCGUGCUGCUGGCGGCCACUGCACGCCUCAUAUCUGGUUCGCUGCACCGCGCCAUGCUGGAAGGUGUGCUUCUCAGUCCGGUGUCUUUCUUCGACGCGUCGCCCAGGGGCCGGGUGCUCAACCGGUUCGCCGGGGACCUGGACAGCGUGGAUGCCGAUUCGUUUCUUUGCGGCAAGCAGUUCCUCCAGGGGUCGCUGAUCACAGUCGCCAGCAUCGCGGUGGUUGCCACGCAGGCACCCCUGGUGGUCGCGGUCACUGUAGUUGUCGCCGUCCUCACCGCAAGGGGCUUUAGCUUGGCUUUUAGCGCUUCGAAUAGCUCGCGCUACUUCGAGAGCGUGUCCACUUCGAAGCUGCUGCAGCACAUGACCGAGACCCUGGAGGCGUUGAGCAGCGUGCGAGCGUACGGCGUCCUGGACAGGUUCCGGCGGCACUUCUUUCGGCUAGAGGACACGUGCGUGCGCGGUCAUUCGUCCUUCUGCGCCUGCUACCGUUUCACGCGGUCCCUGACGGCAGCGGGCGGGUUCGUGGUCGUGCUCGCAGCUAUGCUCUUCAACACCGUGGGCACGGCGACGCCCGACCCGAGCAGCUUGGGACUCGCCCUCAGCUCAGCCACGUCGGCUGAUGUCGACAGGAAACCUGGAGGAGAAAAACAGGCGUUGAACUGCGUGGCUUUGUCCGAGGAUUGGCCGUCGGAAGGUAGAGUCGCGUUUCAGGACUACUCCGCUUCGUACCGACCUGGAAUCGCACCCAACGUUCUCAACGGGAUCACUUUCACUGUGCAGCCUACGCAGAAGGUGGGCGUCGUAGGACGGACGGGAGCCGGCAAGUCUUCUCUCGUACUCGCCCUUUUGCGCAUCCUUAGAGCUUCGCAAGGACGCAUCCUCAUCGACGGCGUCGACAUUGCGGAAGUUCCACUGAAAAGACUGCGCCGGGCCAUCACCGUCAUUCCGCAGGAUCCCAGCCUGGUUCGAGGCACCUUGCGCAUGAACUUGGAUCCGACAGGGUCGCACUCCGAAGACCAGCUGUGGCAGGCGCUGCACCACGUCCAUCUGGACGCCUUGGUUAAGGGUCACCCUGUCGGACUGGACAUGGAGACCGCUGACGGGGGCACGAACCUCAGUGUCGGUCAGCGGCAGCUGGUGUGUCUCGCCCGCGCCCUGCUGCGUGGCUCCAAGGUGUUGCUGCUGGACGAAGCCACCUCGCAGAUGGAUGGCGACACGGACCGCCUCAUCCAGGCGACGCUCAGGGAGGCCUUCGGGAACAGCACGCUGAUCGCCAUAGCACACCGGAUUCACACCGUGCUCGACUACGACAGAAUACUCGUCAUGGAUGAGGGAAGAGUGAGGGAGUACGACACGCCCGCCUGUCUGCUCUCCGAUCGUAGUAGCUGCUUCUACAAGAUGGCCGUGGAUGCUGGCGUCGCGGCCGAUCAAAGCGAUCGCAUACUCGCCAUCGCAUCGUUGUGAAAAGACCUUUCUAAAUAAACAUUAUAGAUACAGUGAAGAUGCUGCUGCUGAGGCGGCAGCUGCAACAUGGUGGACGUCGAUGACGCCAAGUCCGGCAUUUCGACACCGAACUUAGUAUCAGAUUAAAAUCAACGUGUAAGCAUUUCACACCCUUCAUACUUGUUUUGUGUAGUCCUUUCGCGAGCGAGAAG